UAUUUGAAUUUCCACGUUAGCCAACUUUUUGCAAUCAAACUCACAAUUCAAAAUAUAGAUAAUGAAAUAAUCAUAACCUUGGUAUCGUUAUUCGUUACUCUGCUAUCGGUGUUUUCGAGUGAUACACCAACAAAAUAAUAAAUAUCAUUGAAUUAGUCGAUACAACCUACAAGCUUACAAUUAAUCAAGACCAAUGCAGAAAAUGUAUUGUUCUCAGAUAGAAAGACAACCUUGAGGAUUUCUUUCAACUUUCGUUAGGGGAUGCAGCUAAUUUAUCGAAUUAAUUUUUUACACUUUUCUAAACUUUGCUAGUUUUUUCUUAUAGGUAAAAGUAACUUGUCAAAUGUAAACAAAAAAUUAAUAAACCACCUGUUCAUCAUAUAGAAGAAAAAUUCAAACAUGCCUCAUCCAUGCGUCGUCUGUGGUCGUUCUCGUUUGAAUCCUAACAACAAAUUAGAAGAUUAUGCAUUUUUCGGAUUUCCAGUUGGUGAUGAGUCUCGUUGUAAAAAGUGGCUGGAGUUUUGUUGUAGAGAAGAAUUAUAUGCAUUGUCAAAGAAACAACUUCUUCAGAGAAUGAUUUGCUCUAAACAUUUUCAACCCUCUGAUUUUGUUACUAAAUUUAAUGAUCGUUUAAACUCUGCAGCUGUGCCCAGUAUUUAUGAUCCUAAACAGAGUUUAUAUAAAAUUGGUUGUGUUUUAUGUGGUCGCUUUCGCAAAGAUCCACCAGGCCCAGAAAAUGAUGGUGCAACUUUUCAUCAUUUUCCAGGUGAAGAAUUUCGUUGUUUGGAAUGGUUAGAUUUUGUUGGGGUUGAUUCUUACUUCAGACUUACAAGAAAAGAAAUAAUGUACUGUUAUAUAUGCUCAAAACAUUUUGAUAAAACUCAGUUUAUGCCUGGAUUUUGCAAUAGACUCACUGAAUCAGCGGUUCCUAAUAUAAGGCUUCCAGAUGAGUAUCAAGAACAACAAAUGGACUUUGAAACUGAAGUUAUUGUUACUAAUGCUAUUGAAAGUGGAAUAUUAUUUAAUUCAUCUAAAGAAGAUGAAAUAUUAUUGGACCCUUUGCCUGCAACUGUAUUAGAUAGUCAAGCUUGUGCAGCUUGUGGUCGGUUAAGAAAUGAUCCAAAAAAUAAAAAAGAAAAGUACAAAUUUCAUCCAUUUCCUGCUUAUGAAAUUGGACGGUGUUUAAAAUGGUGCCAAUUUUUAGGAAGGGAAGACAUAUUAAAAAUGUCUCCUAAUCAAAUUAGAAAAUUAAUACUUUGUUCUGCUCAUUUUGAAGUUGGUCAAAAUUUUUUCAAUAGCAAUGGACCUUGCGAUGCAGUGCCUACUAUUUGGAGAUCAGGAAUUCAAGAUGAAAUUUGUAUUUCCACGGACAUUUCUAAUGUUGUUGAAGGAGAGACAAGUAAAGUUGUACGACCUUUAGUAUCAAGUAGGAAGCCAAAAAUUGAUCCUAAAGUCAAACCAGCACCAUUGGCUAAAAAAAGAGGGAAAUCAAAGAGACCAACUUGCAUUAAUUUACCAAAAAUAGACUCAGUUGCUCAUUCUAUAACACAAAAACUUCCUAUUCCAUCAGUUAAUAAUUGGAAACUAAUGAAUAAUCAAUUAAACUCUUUUUCUAUUUCAAAUAAUGUUGUAAACACAGCUUCUCAAGGUAUAAACAAAGUUAUAGUACCGUUUUCAGGUGAUAUUUCAAAAUUAGGAGCUCCAAUUCCAGUUCAAAGUCUAGCAAGUAUUCCUCCAGGGUUACUUAUAAAAAUUAACUUACCAGACCAAAAUAAAAUGUCUGUAAUACCUGAUCAAGAAAUGACGCCAAAACAAUUGCAACCGCUUACAAUUCAACCAUAUGAAAUAGUUGCGAUAAAAAAUGAAUUGUCUCCAAAUGAGAUUCAAAAUGGAACUGAUUCAGAAAAAAUAAUUAAACCAGCUUUGCAAUGCCAAGAAGAAACAUACAAUGAAAAUUAUGAAGAAUUAAUAGAAACUUCAAUAUCGGUUGCAGAGGAAACAAUUGAUGAUAGAGCAAGUGAAGAUGUCGUUGAUAGUAGUGUUCCUUGGAAAUCUAAAAAAACUACCAAAGGUAGAAAAAUACUGUUGCCUAUACACCGCGAAUUAAGACGUUUUUACUUAAAUAUAAGACCAUUAUUGAAAAGAUUACCAAAAAAAACAAAAGCACGAGUGAAACUAGGUAUAGUUAAUAUGGUGAUUGAUAAAUUAUGAAUAUUUUUUUUUUAGAAUGAAUAGUAGCAAUGACUAUAUUUUAUAGUCAAAUUUUAAGGAGUAACAUGAUUAUUAUUUGUCAAAAAUUGCAUUUAAUUUUUGAACGAAUGAAAAUGAUAUAAUGAAAAAAUGCUAAUAUUAAAAGAGAAUCUAUUUGAUGACUAAAAUAAUAUAGAAACAUGUAUCAAUGAAUAAUUUGUCGAAUAGAUACUCUUUAAUUAUAGAAUCGUUAUAACUUUAAAAAAUAUUUUGUUAAACUAUAAGACAAUUUUUUAAACUGAAUUAUUUCACAAUUCAAAUGUGAUCAUUUCCAUAAGAAAUAAAAAGUUACUGUUAAAUAGUUCAAUUCAUUCAGAUUUAUAUGAGUAAUAAAUACAUAACAUAAGAUGUAUAUUAAAAAAUUUUUAAGUAAUUUUUUAUGAAAAUUCAACUGUUGAGUAUGAGAAGUUAUGGCAUGAGCAUAAUUAUUUUAUUAGUAUUUCAAAAAAAUUGCAAAAGUUUACUUAUUAGUAUGUAACACAAUAUUGUUAAAGUUUCAUCAAUAUAAAUUGUAAUAGUGAAUGACUGAAACUGAAACAUUAUGCUAAUGUAAAAAAAUAUAAAUGAGACUGAAAAACGAUUUAUUUGUAAGUUAACAGAAGCUUUGUUAAAAAGUAUAUUCAUUUCUAAGCAAUGGAAUGUUCAUCAAAAUUUGUUAUUG